CAACUAGGAGCAGCUAUCACAUGUCCAAUCGAUGAUCCUUUGCGAAGCCUGGCUGAAACGGGCCGAUCCUUGCCUUUCCCAAACGUCAACUCCACAGUAGCACCCCAGAUGGCCCCGCUUGUGUGCUGUCUUCCUCACCUCUACUCUACCCGUGAAUCCUUGCUCCUCGCUUCCAUACUCCCGCGCUCCUGACGUGCGUUCGUAGCUCGCUCUCAAGACGUUCCAUAGCAGCAGAAUAAACAAACACACAUCGCUUUCCAUCCACACAACCGUCUGACAUUGUUGGGAGGCGCGAGAGACAGGCGCCAUUGACGCAGAGACGGUGAAGAGAAGGAAGACAAGCCACCGCCAUCAUGUCCUCAACACCCGACCCAAACCAUCCGCCGACGAGGAUCCCCACGUACCCGCUGGCGCAUUCGUUUCGCCAGAAGCCCAGGCGGCUGCCGCUCGUCCUGCGCUUCGCCAAAGGCUCCAUCCACAGCGCCAUCUACAUCCCCGUGAUCCUGCACUCGCUCGUGACCGCGCUCAUCGCCUACCUGGACAGCUUCCCGCACAUCCACAUCAGCAUCCCCGCGACCAUCAUCCCCUCGCUGUCCAUUGUGGUGGGCCUGAUGCUGGUGUUCCGCAACAGCACAUCGUACGACCGCUUCUGGAGCGGCCGCAACUGCGUGACGGCCGUGGGAACCAGCGUGCGCAAUCUCGCGCGCAUCCUGCUCGUCAACGCGCAGGACGCGCAGGGCAAGUCGACGCCCGACGAGCGCCGCGACACGGAGCGCACCGUCCGCGUCCUCAUCGCCGUGCUCUACGCCAUCAAGCACAACCUGCGCGCAGAGUUCAACAUCCCGCCCGCCAGCCUAGCCAGCUCGUCCGCGCAGCUCAACUUCCAGGGCGUCAGGGGCGCAAGCAGCAGGCCCAUCUCGCGCCCGCUGAGCCGGCGACCGAGCUACGUGGACCGCGGGCCCAGCUUGCCGGCGACGCCGACGCUGGAGCGGUCAAGAGCAGACCUGCACACGCCGCUGCUGCAGCAUUCAACGGGCACGCUGGACAGCGUGCUGGAGAGCGGCUCCAUGGCGACGAAGAAGGACGACUACGUCUCGCUGCUGCCAGACGGGCUGAUGGGGUACGAAGACCGGGGCCUGGGACUGCCUCUGCAGCUCUGCGUGCUGCUGGAGUCGUACAUAACGCGCGCGUACAACCGCGGCUGGAUCAACGCGCCGCUCUCCUCGCAGCUGACAGUGCAAGUCAACAACCUCGUCGACGCAUACGGGAAGAUGGAAACCGUGAGUCCGCCCUCCCCACAUCUUCGCAUCCGUCUCCAGACCGUCACAUCCGUCUCCAGACCGUCACAUCCGUCUCCAGACCGUCGCAUCCGUCUCCAGACCGUCGCAGCACACACUGACCUCCCCAGAUCCGCACAACCCCCCUCCCAAUCGCACACCUAAUCCACGCCUCCCAAGUACUCUUCCUCUACAUAACAAUCCUGCCCUUC